UUCAACAGAAAGUCACCGUGAAACGUACUAUUCGAUCAUAUUGUUACCGAAAGUCAGAUUGUUUUCAUUCUCUUUUAGUUUAUAACAAUUUUUUAAAAAAUUUUUUAAGAAUGGUGUAUUAUACGGUAGAUGAUAAACUCCCCGCGACCGGUGGUAAGAUGUCAUCGACAGCCGUAUUCCACCAGGAUGCAAAUUCAUACUUAGAUCAUUUAUGCAGUUUGGAUUUCGAUUCCCCAACCUCAUACGUACGAUUAUCUGGUAUAAUAUGUACAAUUGGACCAGUUUCAAAAGAUGUAAACACUCUGGUAGAAAUGAUGGAAGCCGGUAUGAAUAUCGCUCGUUUAAAUUUCUCACAUGGAAGUCAUGAAUAUCAUGCUGAAACUAUCGCCAAUUUACGUCAAGCUGCCUUAGUAUACAGUAAAAAAAUUGGUACAACUUUCCCAUUAGCUAUUGCUUUAGAUACUAAAGGACCUGAAAUUCGUACUGGAUUAUUAGAAGGAGGCGGUUCAGCUGAAAUUGAAUUAAAAAAAGGUGCUACAAUCAAAUUGACCAUUGACAAAGCAUACGAAAACCGUGGCAAUGCCGAUGCGAUUUAUGUUGACUACGAGAACAUCUUGAAAGUUGUACAAGUUGGCACACGUGUAUUCGUCGAUGAUGGAUUAAUGUCAUUAAUAGUAAGAUCUAUUGGACCAACAGCAUUGACUUGUGAAGUUGAAAAUGGUGGUACGUUAGGCAGUCGUAAAGGUGUUAACUUACCUGGAACACCUGUAGAUUUACCAGCUGUGUCUGAAAAAGAUAAAUCAGAUUUACUAUUUGGUGUUGAACAAGAUGUUGACAUGAUCUUUGCAUCAUUCAUUCGUACUGCUGAAGCCGUGCAUGAAAUCCGUAAUAUAUUAGGUGAAAAAGGCAAGAAAAUUUUAAUCAUAUCAAAAAUUGAAAAUCAUCAAGGUAUGCAGAAUAUUGAUGAAAUUAUUAAAGCUACUGAUGGUAUAAUGGUGGCACGUGGUGAUUUGGGUAUUGAAAUUCCACCAGAAAAAGUAUUUAUUGCACAAAAAACAUUAAUCGCACGUUGUAACAAGGCUGGCAAACCUGUUAUCUGUGCCACACAAAUGUUAGAAUCAAUGAUUAAAAAACCACGAUCAACUCGUGCUGAAGGUUCCGAUGUAGCUAAUGCUGUAUUAGAUGGUGCUGAUUGUGUUAUGUUAUCUGGUGAAACAGCUAAAGGUGACUAUCCAGUUGUAUGUGUACGUACAAUGGCUAAUAUUUGUAAAGAAGCUGAGGCUGUUAUCUGGCAUCAACAAUUAUUCCGUGAUUUAACUUCUAUAGUUCAAGUGCCAACUGAUGGAGCACAAACCGUUGGUGUAGCCGCUGUAGAAGCAGCCAACAAAUGUCUUGCUAGUGCAAUUAUCGUUGUAACAACAUCUGGACGGUCAGCACAUCUUAUUGCCAAAUACCGUCCAAAAUGUCCAAUCAUUGCUGUAACUCGGUAUGGACAAACUGCACGUCAAGCAAAUUUGUACAGAGGUGUAAUUCCAUUACAAUAUGAAGUUCCUCCAGCAUCUGAUUGGUUGAAAGAUGUCGAUGCACGCGUUCAAGCUGGUAUCGAACUUGGCAAAAAAGGUGGUUUUGUUCGUGGCGGUGAUUCAAUUGUAAUUGUGACUGGAUGGAAACAAGGCUCUGGAUUUACUAAUACAAUCCGUGUUGUAACUUUAGAAAAUUAAGUGGAUUUGAAGAGAUAGUUUGAACGAUAAGUUUGAAGAACCAAAUUUAUAUUCAUGAAGGAGAAGAUACUGAUCAAACAAAAAUGAAUAUAAAAAUAGCAAAAUUAAAAAAUCUUGUAUAUACAUAUUUUACAUAUAUUUAUUUGUCAGUGCCGUAUUAAGUAAGGGCUAUCCUUUAAAAAGGAUUGAAAUUUGGCGCCAAUAAUAAUAAACGAUUUAUUUAUAUAUAAUAUAAGAACAUAUUUUAAUAUUUAAAAAUGUUAAGUGUAUUAUUAUUAUAUAUAUAAAUUGAACAGGAGAGGUUGGGAUAUUCAGGCUCCAAAGUUCCCCUGAAAAUACGGCACUAUAUUUGUUUGAUGUAGACCUCGAAUGAUUUCAUAUUAAUAAAUAAGUUCGUACUAAAUGAAUAUAUUUU